UAACUCUAUGUAUUGCAGAGCGUCUGUGAUUUGUGGCGUGCGCAACUUUUAUUCGGGCAGUCAGCGAGUCAGCUGCCGACAGCCGAACUAAUUGAAAGCUUCGGAAGUGUCAAAGAUGACCCGAAAUAACAAGAGAAAUGUAGCUGUCGGGGAAGCGUUUCGCAUAGCCGUCACGACGGCACUUCAAAAAUUCUAUCAAACUGAAGACCGGACAGAGUAUGAGUUUCCGUCAUCAUUCACGGCUGAAGAGCGAGCAUUUAUACACAACUAUUGCCAGACGUUGAAUCUGAAGUCAAAAAGCAGAGGGAAAGGAUCAAAUCGUUUCCUUACCGCCUACAAGAAAGUUGGUUCCACUAUAGUUCAGACUGAUGCCGGCUUCAAUAUGGGGCCCCUCUCGUGCCGAUUUGCCAUGCUGCUUCUGCAGAAGUUCCCAGUGAAUUCUCAUGAGCGCCAAGAGCUAUUGCCUCCCACUGAGCGAGAACGCCUUGUUGGUCAGGAAGUGCGUGACGUGAACCGCACAACGGCGCGACUCAACUGUGGCAUUCCGCAAGUUCCACCUCGCUGUGAAGGUGCCCUAGAUGCCCAGCGCCAGCGUCUGCCCAUCUGGCAGAGCCGCCAGAAGUUACUGACCACCAUUGCCCAGAAUCAAGUGACCAUCAUCAUAGGAGAAACUGGCUGCGGCAAGACCACUCAGGUGCCACAGUACCUGCUGGAACAGAACUGCAGCCUUGGUAAUCCGUGCCGCAUUGUCUGCACUGAGCCCAGACGACUGGCUGCUGUGGCCGUGGCCGAGCGCAUUGCUACAGAACGAAAUGAAAAGUUAGGCCACACUGUGGGCUACCAGAUACGACUAGAGAACAGGGUGUCGCCUAAGACCUUGCUGACGGUGUGCACUAAUGGCAUCCUCCUGCGCACCCUCAUGGGCAAUGACUCGGCAAUGGCGACAAUCAGCCAUGUCAUUGUGGACGAGGUUCAUGAACGGGACCGGUUUACUGACUUUUUGCUUACUGUGCUGCGGGACUUGCUUCCAAAGUUCCGGAAUUUAAAAGUUAUUCUGAUGUCCGCAACCAUGGAUGUGGAGCUGUUUGUCAAAUACUUUGGUGGCUGUCCUGUUGUGGAAGUGCCCUCACGAUCAUAUGAAGUAAAGGCCUACUUUCUGGAGGACGUCUUGCGAUUGACGGGAUACACCAGCCAAGCCAUGCUGAAGCUGAAGAAAAGCAGGCCCCGGGCUGAGCAGCAGAAGGCGCAGCUUGCCAAGUGGUGUGAUAGCCAGGGCGUAACCACAACUAGUACUGACCCUUCAGCUAACAGUCGGUCACCUGAGGAGGACCAGGAUGAAAGGAAGAAUAAUGGCGAUGAUGGGGAUUCACCCGACGUUGAUGCGCACCUGACUGCAGAGAUGGACCGUGCUCUACAGAAUGCCUGGAUGACAGGAACGGAUGAGGCUUUCUCUCAGCUGCUCUACUACAUCCUCUCGGACAAUGUCUCGGUCGAGUACCGCCACAGCGAGACGAGUGCCACAGCACUGAUGUUAGCCGCUGGUCGAGGCAAGGUGGAAAUAGUGGAGGAGCUGCUGUCUCUCGGGGCAGACCCCCUGGCUCGGGCAUCAAACGACUGGACGGCCCUCGAUUGGGCACAGCACUUUCACCAGUCGGGGACAGCCGAAGUUAUCCUGGCUCACUUGUUGGUCAUGCAGAACGGGCUUCCAAAGUCGGAUGACUCCAUUGGCAUUGCUGAGCAGGAGUUCACGGCUGCAGAGCGGGAGCAGCUAGACCUGUACCUGCGCACAACGAAUGAUGAUGAGACCGAUCUAGACUUGCUGCUAGCCCUUCUGCAGAAAGUCCAUGCGAGCUCUGAAGAUGGUGCCAUUUUGGUGUUCCUUGCUGGGUUCGAUGACAUGAGCACGUUGAGGGAUAAAAUUCUGGCAGACAAGAAUUUUUCUGGACAGAAAAGGUAUGUCUUGUACAUGCUACAUUCCAACCUGCAGUGUAGCGAGCAGCGGCUAGUUUUCAACACAAUGCCACCUGGGGUUCGAAAAAUUGUUCUGUCAACUAAUAUUGCUGAGACAAGCAUCACCAUCAGCGAUGUCACUUUUGUCAUUGACUCUGGCAAAGUUAAAGAAAAGUCAUUUGACAGCCUGACAGGCACUAGCCUGCUCAAGUCUGUGUGGGUGAGCCAGGCGAGUGCCAUGCAGCGUCGAGGCCGGGCGGGCCGCACCCACCCCAAUGGCGUCUGCUUUCACCUGAUGAGUCGGCAGCGCUUCUGCAGCCUGGCUUCUUUCCAACAGCCCGAGCUGCUUCGCCUGCCGCUUCAGGAACUGUGCCUCCAGGCAAAGCUUCUUGUGCCACCUAACGUCCCCAUAGCUGACUUUCUGGCACGAGCUCCAGAUCCUCCUGCAUUCUUAGUCACUAGGACAGCUGUCACCCUACUGAAGACGAUUGAUGCAUUGGACCCAUCUGAGCAGCUGACAGAGAUGGGCCUACACUUGCUCGACCUUCCCAUUGAGCCACACCUGGGGAAGAUGGUGCUCUAUGCAGUUGUUCUCAAGUGCCUCGACCCAGUGCUUACCAUUGUUUGCUGCAUUGCUGUCAAGGACCCCUUUGUGCUCCCCGCGCAACCGGGCCAGAAGCGACCUGCGUACGUAGCAAGGCGUAAACUGGCUGGUGGUACCUACAGCGACCACAUGGCUCUUCUUGCUGCAUUUCAGCGCUGGCAGAAGGCCCGUGCCGAAAACUCUGAGCACUACUUCUGUGAGCGGCACUUCGUGUCUGGUGCCACCAUGUCCACCGCAUUGGCAGUACGGGGCCAGUUGCUAGGCCAGCUUCGGGCAUCAGGCUUUGUGCGGUCACGUGGCGGUGGUGACAUUCGUGACCUCAACACCAACUCCGACAACUGGGCUGUGGUCAAGGCAGCUCUCUGUGCGGGCUCCUACCCGAACCUUCUGAGAGUUGACCGGGAGCGUCGGCAGCUGGUUGCCCAGCGUGCCUCUCGAGUGCGGUUCAGCUCACGUUCAGUCCUGUCCCAGCCGGAGCCUUUUAGUUUGGGUGCACCAGCAGCAGCCAACACUCGUGAUGGGGUUGUGGCCUCCCUGCCCACUGACUGGCUCAUCUAUGGCGAGUUGGCCAGAGCGGGACCCACAGCCUUUGCCAACAUGUGUACGCUGGUCUCACCUGUAACAGUAGCACUGUUUGCUGGCCCCCAGCGUCUACCUCUGGAUGCCCUGUAUGAGCCACAAAAUGCACGGACCACUGGGCUUGGUGAGGACAGUGACAGUGAAGAAGAAGAGGAGUCAGAGCUGCAGAAGUGCAUGCUCAAGCUGGAUGACUGGAUUUCUCUCAAGGCAGACCCUGAGGGUGGUCGUCUGGCAUUACAGCUGCGCCAGAAGCUGCAGGCAUUGUUUCUGCGUCGCAUGCAUUCCCCGGCCAAGCCAUGGUCACAAGCGGAUGACGCUGUCAUUCGUGCUGUUGUGGGCGUACUCACAUCGGAGGAAGAGGCCCUGAAUCUGCCGCGACCACCUCCAGGCAUUGGACAGCGACCACGGCCUUCUGGCCCAGAUGCAUACGCCUUGCCACAACCAGCUGCAAGUGAUCACAGGAGCCAAGGUGGGGCAGAGUGCUUUUCCGGCCGCCGAGCGGUCCUCCGCCGAGGUGGGUCCCUAGAGUAUGGCCCGAGCUCAUCACCAUCCUCUCGCCGAGGGUCUGGCGCCAGCCUACCGGCAACUCCCUUGGGCAUGGGGCGCUCAGAUGCAGGUAGCUCGUGGUGCUCCGAUGACCGUUCCGACUGCUCAUCUUUGCGCUCAACAAGCAGCGGCCAGCCGAGCCCCUGUGACAUGAGCCCCAGGCACACUGUCAAUGGCCAUCGUCGAUUUUUCAUCAUCAAGGCUGGCACCCACCGAGCCGUGGACGUGUCUCUCUCGACGGGCCUGUGGUCCUUGGGGCCCAAUACAGAUCGCAAGAUACAGGCAGCCAUCAGGGAAGGCAAGGAAGUGAUACUCAUAUUUUCGGUGCAUGGAAGUGGGCAGUUCCAAGGCUACGCUGUGCUCCAAGGACCAGCCUCCAACAUGAACUGGCCCGCGGAUGACAAUGAUGGCAGCUCAGGCGGACGCUGCUACUUCAUCAAAUGGAAACACAGGUGUAACCUGCCUUUCCAGGACACGAGGCACCUGUUGAAUCCCUGGAAUGAGAACCGGAAAGUGCAGGUCAGCCGAGACGGCCAGGAACUUGAGCCCAGUGUUGGCGAGGCCCUGUGCCAUCUUUGGGAUGGCCGUCCUGAUGCUGCUGCCAUCCAGUCCGUUAGGCGUUGACAGGACGUAGUGUUUCUGAUUUGGCUCCCAGUAGCCACCACUGAGAAGUCGGGGACACACUGCUUGCGGGAUAUACCACAUGCUCCAUGCUGGCAAAAAGAACACAAAAUUGUGUUGGUUGUUUUCGACGCUCUGCCCCCACAAGUACUAUCUUGCCCCUUUUUUUGUGUGGUGCAUUGAGUCUGAAGCUCAUCUUGCAUACACCUGUGCAAAGCAUCAACAUUUGCUGCUCCACUUUUUUUGUUUGUUUUACGUUUUAAUCAUUGAAACAAGAUGCUACAAAUUUAUAGCAUCAAGCAUCUAUUACUGGUACAAUGUGCUACGUUUAUGUCGUCACAUGGUUCGAGUUCUUGCGUGGCAAAUAACUCGUUAAGUCAGUUUUGUUAGUCCAGAUAGGCCAGCGUAACUAUUUUCUUGAAUAUUUGAGAAUGUUUGUGCCAAUUAUGGGAAAAAACGUAUGUUGCUUUAACAAACUUUUAUGCUUGAACACUUGUGCUCCGUGGAUAGAUGCAAAGAAUGAUUUGCCCACCCUAGAUUUCUGGGCUCUAAAGCUCACAAAAUAGGACAGGAGAGGUACUUCAUUUUCUUUGGGCUAAAAUAGAAAAUUCUCAGCUUCUGAUUCUGUCUGUUUUAACUCGAGAGCAAAAGUACUUGCAAUGUCACCAAUAUCAACUUCAGGGGUAGCAGUUGCAUGGCAGCAAUUCCUGUGUACGAAGAUUAGAUUAACGAUCUUGGAACUCCCUACUGCAGAUUGAAUAAUCAGCGGCUUUUUGCACACUUGCUGAACGAUUUAGCUUCUGCACAAAUGUACUUCCUAGAGUGUCUAGAUAUCGUCUAGGAGAGGCAGUACAAGUGGCAGCUUGUAAUAGUGACUCUCUUGCUGAGAUUAAGUUCUUAACUUGGCACAUUGCUGUGGUCACUACAGUGUUUUACAUUAGCCAUCUGCAAGAUGCACUUCACAGCUCGCCAACAAAAAACUGUGAUUUCAGACAGGUUGGGCAGGAAAAGAACUAUGUACUGUGCAUUUACCUUUCUGCAGUGCCCUCGAAACAUUUGAACUGUGCUUUUAUGUUGUUGCUGUGCCUUUUUCUACUUUUGUGCCUUGUAUUACUGUGCGUUUCGUUAAUGAAAUUGUAGACAAAAUGCAAGGAAGACUGCAGCGUGCAGAAUUUGCGAGACUCUCAAAUCUUCCAAUGCUGACAAAACCAUGAAGACAGUGCCAUCUGGGUGAUAGCCCCUGCAAGGCCAACUGCUUAUUAUCUUUUAAUGAAGCACAUAGGUCUGCCAAGAAGCAACCUGUAGAAAUAGUGGCAGUGCAGGUUGUCAAGAUGAGCUUUUACUCUCUCGGUACUUUGUGACGGGGCCCGAGUAGUCUUCGCCCUUCUUUGUUCGAUCAUGACACCCUGUGUCAUGUUUUCUUCAGCAUGCAGAGCUAUCGUUUAUGAAAUUUUCUGUGGCAGCGAGCUCAUCAGCAUAUAUAUUGCAAUGCAAUGCAGUGCACUGACAGGGUUUUCAUAAAAGUAUUGUGUAACAUCAUUCAGUGCUUGGAUUGUUGACAAAAGUUGUGCAUUGCCAACUAGACCUUGUCAUGCGUUCGCAGGUGGUGCAGGUGCCGCAAGAAGCAUUAACAGAUGUUUUAAUGUGCAUUCUCCCAGCUCAUUUUUGAUGUGGUCACUCGGUAAGAAGUUUAAAUAUUUUGUAGGCUUACACGUACAUCCCAAGCUGCCUGCUUCAAUGUCUUGAGUCAUUACAAGUAAAGACACUCCUCAGAGAAGUCUCAUGUUAAGGUAGCGUUGCGGGACUCUCUCUACUCUCUUGUUUCAUUUGUUUGUGUAACCUCUGUUGUGAUGCAUGAUAUAUUAGGAUCACAGGGCACAGUGAUGGAGAAUAGCCAUAGGCAUUACAAGAGUGUGUGAAUGUGAAGGUUGCUAGAUGUAUUUGUAGCGAAGGCUUCAGGACGUCCAAUUAACCUUUGCUCUGUGUGUGAGACUGUGAAGGCCCAUAGAAGCCUAGAUACCUAUUAUUAAGGUUAGCCCAGUGGCAGUAUCAAAUGGCUUUACAUCCAUAUUGGUGGCACAAACUUUGUCCUGGGAACAUUUGCAACAGAUAGCACAUCAUAAAAAUCCCCAGACUAUAUCUUCUCAGUGUGCCCACGCCGCACAGCGUCUUGUCUCUCUGUAUAGAGGUCACAUGUACAGAACUUUUGAACUCAAUUGUUGACAUGUUUUCAUUGUCAUGUUGGUGACGACACUGCAAUUUCUUAUGGCAGCUGAGAACCCUGCACGAGGCAGUCGUGCUGUGCCAUUCUAGUCCCUACAUUUGAAAAAGACCGUUGACGUGCACCUGAAAAUUGCACAAAGCUACAAAGAAAGCUUAUACCAGUUUCUAAUAAAGAAUGCCUCGAACGCUUUAGGUUUGGGCUAUUUUCAGAUGGAUGCCACCUUCUUGUAAAUUUCCACAGAACUUGUUUGCUUAGUCCCUGCAUCUGUGAUCAAGUGAUCUGCACUUGCGCUGCUUUUUUUCUUCUUGCACUGCCAAGUGGUUUAUUUCCUAGUGCUUUUGUUUUCGCUUUUACUGUUCUUUAGUGAAUUGUUGUCAGACUGCAAUGGAAUCUCAUUGAACAUUCCGUUGUACUUGGAGUUCAAAUGUCUGAUCAUUAAAUAUGUUUUUUGUCAA